UCUGGAACAGCCCUCAUGAGUGAAGACUAAAACCCUUUUUCAUUAAUUUGCGUUGCGCAAUCUGAGACCUUCAGGACAAAAUGGGUUGGAAGUCAGCACAGAAACUGAUUCAUCACUGGAAGAUUCUUAGAGGUGAUAAUGUCAUGAUAAUCAGGGGUAAAGAUAAAGGGGAGACUGGUCUUGUUAAGCGCGUAGUUCGAUCUCAGAAUCGUGUUAUUGUUGAGGGAAAGAAUCUGGUGAAGAAACAUAUCAAGCAAGGGCAGGGUCAUGAAGGUGGAAUUUUCACUGUCGAAGCCCCUCUUCAUGUCUCAAAUGUUCAGGUUGUCGAUCCAGUAACAGGGAAGCCCUGCAAGGUUGGAAUUAAGUACUUAGAAGAUGGUAGCAAGGUAAGAGUAGCAAGAGGCAUUGGAACAUCAGGAUCCAUAAUUCCUCGUCCAGAAAUCUUGAAGAUGAGGACAACCCCUAGACCUACUGUUGUCGGUCCCAAGGACACUCCGAUAGAUGUUGUUCUCGAGAAGACUUAUGAUCCUACAACUGGAAAGGGAAUGCCAGAUCUUUAAGCAUCUAUGUCUACACUGCCCGCAAAGGAAAGCAUCUGAUGGAACGGUGGUCCUGUUAGCUAGUAUUCACCAUCAAACUCACAGUUCCUAGUUAGAUUUCUAGCUUGGAGCAUAGCUAGUUGGAAAUUUGGUAAUUUCUUCUGGCGCUGAUGCACCAAUUGCUAAUUGACUUGCCACCUUAAUAAAAUAUUUGUUAAGAUGA